AUGUCGUCCUCCUCUGCCCCUAAGCUGCUGCUUCAUCUUCUUCUUGUCUCCCUCCUCCUCGCAUCAACCUGCGCCACGGCGUCGUCGUCGGCGACGGCGGAUGCGCAGUACCUGUCGCCGAAGAUGGCGAGGAUCCAGCGCCACCUCGACCGGCUCAACAAGCCGGCGCUGCGCACCAUACAGAGCAUGGACGGCGACACCAUCGACUGCGUGCCCCGCCACCAGCAGCACGCGCUGGACCACCCGCUCCUCAGGAACCACAAGAUCCAGCUCGCGCCGCCGCGCAAGCCCGUCUCCACCUCAACCUCCGGUACUGCCAGCGCGUUGUCGUCGUCGUGGAACUCCACCGGCGCUAGGGCCAGGAGGACGGCGUGGCAGACGUGGCACCACGCGGGCCACUGCCCCAGGGGCACGGUGCCGAUGCGGCGGACCACCGCCGACGACGUGCUGCGCGGCAGGAGGUCGCUCUUCCGCUUCGGCCGCAAGCGCCACGCCCGCGACCGCGCGCCUCGCGCCGCCAACGCGCCAGACGUCGUCACCGGCAACGGCCACGAGCACGCGAUCGCCUACACCGCCGUGGGGCAGCAGGAGGUGUACGGGGCCAAGGCGACCAUCAACGUCUGGGAUCCGGCCAUCCAGGAGUCCAACGGCUUCAGCCUCUCCCAGCUCUGGCUGCUCUCCGGCUCCUUCAACGGCUCCGACCUCAACAGCAUCGAGGCAGGAUGGCAGGUCAGCCCUGAGCUGUACGGGGACAGCAGGCCGAGGCUCUUCACGUACUGGACCAGCGACGCUUACGAGGCAACCGGGUGCUACAACGCGCUGUGCCCGGGCUUCGUGCAGACCAGCUCACGGGUGGCCAUCGGCGCCUCCAUCUCCCCGGUCUCCUCCCUCGCCGGCGAGCAGUACGACAUGACGCUCCUCGUCUGGAAGGACCCCAAGCUCGGCAACUGGUGGCUCAGCUACGGCGACGGCGGCGCCUCGCAGCUCGUGGGCUACUGGCCCGCCGAGCUCUUCACGCACCUCUCGGGCCACGCCACCAUGGUGGAGUGGGGCGGCGAGGUGGUCAACACCAGCCCCGGCGGCGCGCACACCGCCACGCAGAUGGGCUCCGGCCGCUUCGCGGCGGAAGGGUUCGGGCGUGCCAGCUACUUCCGCAACCUCGAGACGGUGGACGCCGGGAACAGCCUCGCGCCCGUCUCGCUCGACGCCCUGCAGACGCUGGCGGAGGACGGCGGCUGCUACGACAUCAGGAAGGCCUACGACGACCGGGACGGUUGGGGCACGCACUUCUACUACGGAGGGCCGGGGCACAACCCGGCAUGCCCCUGA